GUAAAUUGCUCUUUUAAUUAAAGCAAUGCACCAGGGGAAAUUGCUGUCUGAAUAUUGUCUCAGAGAUGGGGGCCAGUGACAGUUGCCUGGAAACUUCAAUCUGUCCACCCGCAUUUAUUCCAGAUCCCAGUUAUGAGAUAAAGUUUAAUAAAAAUCUUUUGCUGCGCCAUGCACCGCCGAAAUGAAACCCAAGUCUUUCUGAGCGUCUGAACACAAUGAGACAGGAGCGCGGAGGAAACCUCAUGUUCAACAUGUAUCUCUCAGAUCCAACAGAAAAUCUGUUGAAAGAAAGUAAAGGAACGGCUUGGAGCCCUAUAAAUACAGGAGUGCAAAAAGGCAGCGGACAGAUCCAGCUGUGGCAGUUCCUCCUGGAGCUCCUUUCCGACAGCACCAACGUGUCCUGCAUCGCCUGGGAGGGCACCAAUGGGGAGUUCAAGCUCAUCGACCCAGACGAGGUGGCGAGGCGCUGGGGGGAGCGGAAGAGCAAACCCAACAUGAACUACGACAAACUAAGUCGAGCUCUGCGCUACUAUUACGACAAGAACAUCAUGACCAAAGUCCACGGCAAGAGAUACGCUUACAAGUUCGACUUCCACGGCCUGGCGCAGGUGUGCCAGCCCUCCACCACGGAGCAAGCCAUCUACAAGUUUCAGGGGAACUUUUCCCCCAUCCCCUUCUCUGGCAUUUCUAAACUGAACCUCGUGACCCCCGGCGUGGGCCCCUCGGGUUUCUCCUACUGGCCCGGCUCUCCAUCGGCGGCUCUGUAUCACACACAUAACCUGCAGCCUCCUGGGCCCUUUGGCACAGUGUCUCCAUCUCACAUCAGCUGCGUGAAUAACAUCAACAGUCUGACCAACAUCAACAAUCACUACAACUGACUCCUGCUGCAUGUCACAUGCAAGACUGGGAAUAAGAAAACAAGUAAAGACCAACUGUUUUUUUUUUUUGCUAUAGUUCGCGGCCAACUAUGACUAAAUUCGGCCUGCAUUUGGUUUUGA